UAAUAACAGUUAAUAAAGAGAAGUCCUCGACUGAGUGUGUUGCAAUCAGCUAUUUUAACAGCACACGGUUUCACAACAAAGUUUCGUUUAGACAUAAAAGAGGAAGCAAGUUCAGCAUGCUGCUGUUCAGUCAGUUAUAAAAACCCCUCAUCUCCUAAGGGACUUUCUUUCUAUACUUCUGUGCUAUAGAGGAGUAGAAAUAAAACACGUCAUCUUAGAAGUGUAUUUAAAAAGGAAAUAAAAACAGAGUGUUGCAUUUUGGGGUAGGACAGACUCACAGGAAGCUUUAAACUGGUUAGAAGACAACAAAUUUCCUGUACCUGGUCUGCUGCUGUAUCUUUGGAGGCUCUCAGCACUGCCUAUCAAAACUUCAAUCAGAUUUCCUUGCAGAGCUGGGAACAGAUUAGUGCAACAGUCCUUGCCAGCUUCGAAGGGAUGCUGUCAGAAGGUUACCUUUACAGAAUUGCCUACCCUUGUGAAGACCUGAAUCGUGAGCUCUACAGCAAGAGUUCGGCUGAGGAAGUGGUUUAUGAAAUGAAGUCCAUUAAUUAUUCUUCCAAGGAUGAAGCACAAGGAAAAAACCUCCUUCAGAGAUGCAGAUAUGCUGGCAAGUGCAUUUCCUCUGUCUGCUCUAGAGGUAGCAAGCGUAGCAGGAGGCAGAAGGAUAAUCUACAACCUACACAGCACCCUGCAACCAUGGAGCAGCCAUCUUCAUCUAUGCAUGUCUGUGAGGGGCUGACAAAAAAAGACACCUACCUGGUUCCACCUUCCUGCAAAAGCAUUUGUAAGAACUACAACGAUUUGCAUAUAGCUGGGGACUACGUGGUACCGAUGAGCUCAGUGACGACAGAUUUUACCUGUGACAGUGGCAUCGGCCCCUUCUUGGAGUCCUCAGAGAUUCCUCCCCCCAUGGAGUCCAUGAGGGCCCCCCCCACCAGUGACACCGUUCGCAAGCCGGCCCAAGGCUAUUCCUCAUGCUGGCGGCUGGCGAGCUUAGUGCCCCACCAGCAGCCCCUCUCUGACUCAGCCCUGAACAACUACCUCGAACAGAAGCUGGUGGAACUCUAUAAGCAGUACAUCAUGGAUAGCACAGCAAACAGGGCAUCCCCCACUCACAUCCUGGCCUCGGAACUUAUCAUGGCUAAUGUAGAUCAAAUCAGCACGCAGAUAUCACGGGAGAGGAAUAUGGAGACCACCAAGGCCAAGGACAUUGUCAUUAGCCGCUUCUUACAAAUAGCCAGUGGAAAAAUAUCCUCAGAAAUUAGCACACCUAGUCUGCAUAUUUCCCAGUAACAGCCACACUAAUGCAUAGUAUUUGCAUGUCUGCUGUUAGAAAGCUUUUAUGUUCUGCAAGGUCAAUUUAUAGUUUUUUAAGACAUUUUUGUGCUUCUUAAAAAUGCAUUUACUAUCUACCAUUUAAAUUAAACCUUUCAGUAUGUAUUAAAUAAGUGAAAAUAUCUGUACUCUGCAGUCCCUAUUGUGGAGCAGGUGAUUUAUUGGGUUGGGCUUUUUUGGUUUUUUGCCUUUUUUUUAAAAAAUAGUUUUUUCCUUAAAGGAUUAUUUCAGUGAGCCUCAGAUGUUUUCAAAAUGUUUUGUAGAAAAAUGAGUAAGAGCAUAUGACUCUCCUUCCUCCCCACAUGCUUGACAUAUUAUUUCAACUUUUCUCUGUCUGGAGUCUGCCAUCCUACCUCAGGGUCUGUGUGCAGCGGAGGCUUGCACCCACACAAGCACAAGCCCAGUGGUGGCAGAGCCACACAAAUACAGAAUUUAGGAUGUUAUCUAGUUCAUCUCCCUGCCCCAAGUGGCUUUACUUAAGACAUCCCUCAAAAACUUUUGUAAUUUAUCCUUAAAGAUAUUAAGGGAUAGGCACUUUAUGGUUUCUUCUAUACUAACCCUGAUUGUUUACUUGGUGUCUUCCUGUGCAAAAGUUAUCAGCCCUUUUUGUAAAGACAAACUGUUUCCAAACAGCGUGCAUGUGUACCUGCGUGUUUGCACUGGACUGAACCAUUAAAACAGUUGCUGAUGACCUGCAGUCACAGACAGACAUCACCUCUGCCAGCUACUUACAGACCUGUAGCUGCAGAGUGGUUGUGUGGGGAUAGUGAUGAUAGCAAAGGGGGAAAAGGAGGAAUUGUCCUUUAAGAUAAUUGCACAUUGAAAAGUAAGGGUUAUUCCAAAGCCCAUUUAGUUAAUGUGAACAUUUCCUCUGAAUGCAGAAGGAAAACUGAAACAGACUGCUCAGCAGCUCAGCUAACCACUUCUUUUGUUAGCAUCAUUGCUGUGUAUCAUGUGUAUAAUUUGAACCUGAUGUAUUUAUAACAGGGUGGCUGUUUUUUGCAAAAUUUCACUAAGUCUUACAAAAGAAGAAAAUAAAAAGAGCAGCCUUGUGGCAAUUGUGGCAAGGAUGGUUACCUACUUUCAGUCUGUCUCAUGUAGAACAUGUUGUCAAUGCCAAUCCGUUAUUGGUUUCCAAGUAUAAUGUUAAUACUAAUUUAUCAUAAAUAUUAAUAUUUCCUUCACAUUA